AUGGAGACGCGGCGCUUUUGGCGCAGCAGUCGAAUAGCAAGUGGGAAGUUCUGGGAGCUGUCGUUCGUUGUAGAAUGGUAUCCGGGUUCGCAAGGUGCAACGUUGUUGUAUCAGAAAGAGGCAAACGUCACGUCCAUAUCGCCCUUUCUGUUCAAACUCGGUCUCGACGCGUUCGAGGUCUUCCGAAGGACACUGCUCUUCAACGUGCCUUGGGUAUGCUGGUAUCUGCGCAGAAGAAGGCGCCGGCAAAGUUGCCACUCCGCCGACAGGAUGAUCACUCGACAGAGCCUGGAUCCCGCCAUCGUAACAUAUGUCGCCGAUGGGCUUCCUGGCUCACUCAGGAUUUGA